AUGGACCAAACGGAGAUACCCACACUGCUGGACCUCGCUAUACAGAAUCUGAUGGUUAACGAGCCUGUAUUAAUCCAUGCCCUUGAGGAGAUCCCAAGAGAGCUCUUUAUUCCAUUGUUCAUUGCUGCCUUCUCUGGUGAACGUAAGAACAUACUGAAGGCAAUAGUGAGUACUUGGCCCUUUCGCUGUCUCCAUGUUGGGACACUGAGAGUACAGGAGCCACACUGUGAAGUUUUAGAAGCCAUGAUUGAUGGUCUUCAGAUCCUUCCUGUCCAGAACUCUUCUACUCGGGCUCCCAAACUGAGGGUUCUAGAUUUAAGGCAGGAUGCAGACUGCAGGACCACAUGUACUGACAUCUCAAGCAAAUUCCCUUUCUGCUUUCAGUCCUGUAUUUACUCCCAGCAGUCUAUCUUAAAAAUUCAAGAAGCCUGUAACAAUAUUGCAAAUUCAGAGUCUCAGCCUCAGUCAUCCAGGAAGCCUAUGGAAUUAUUUGUAGACCUUUACUUCGAUGGUACCUUGAGAUCAAGGAAAUUUCUUUCUGUGCUUCUGAAUAAAGUUGAGCAGAGCUUUGGAUCCUUGCACCUCUGCUGUAGAGAUUUGCAAAUUAGUAAAACAUCUGACUACAAAAGUACCCUAAAGUUUCUGGAUCUGGUAUGCACUGAUCACCUGGGAAUUGAUCAGGCUUAUCUGAGUGAAGUCUCCACUCUUUUGGCUCAGAUGAUCCACCUGGAUAGCCUUAGUCUGUCUAGAAUCAUUUUUAGAUCUUGUAAAGGGAAAAACUUUAGAAAUUUUCUCACCCAUCUUGGGCAGAUGGACAACCUCGAGGAGCUCAGCUUAUCUUUCUUCUCCAUCAGAGACCAGCUAAACAAACUGCUCAGAGUCCUGCCACCUGAAUUGGAUUUCCUGUAUCUGACUUUCUGUGAACUUUCUCACAAAGACUUCAUUUCCUUGUCCCAGAGCCUUCAGGCAAACCACUUAAAGCUGUUGAAUCUCAGUAACACUCAGAUAUCUUGGGAAUAUUCUGAGCCAUUUGUGACUCUUCUGGAGAAUCUCUCAGGUACCCUGCAACAUCUAGAGAUAGAUAGUUGCCUUAUAACAGAUUCUACUCUUUCUGCUGUCAUUCCAACCCUAAGCCGUUGUUCCCACCUCCGUGUCCUUAGCUUUGCCUCUAAUCCCAUUACCAUGCCUGUUCUCAAGCAUCUUUUACAGCAGUUAACACCUUUGAUGGAGCUGAAGUAUGUAAUUUAUCCUGUACCUGUACACUGCUAUGAGCAAUGGAAUUCUCAUGACACUUUAAACCAGCAGAAGCUUGCUGAAGUGAAAGCACAAUUGAAGGGGAUGCUACAGGCAGCACAGCGGGAAGACAUGAACUGGACCAUGUGUUCUGAAUGA